AUGGCUCGCCUACUCGGAAUUCUAUCAAUCUUUGUACUGUUAGUGUUAAGGCCAGCCAGGGCCGCUGCACCUUCAUGCCCAACAGUCACUGCGAAACUGGCCUCGUGCAUAUCAUACAUAGAUGACCAAUCUACACAACCAGCAAGCGCUUGUUGUGCAGGAGUGAAGGCAAUCCUUGCACAAGCAAAAUCGAAACAAGAUAAAAUAGCCGUCUGCAAAUGCAUAAAAUCAGCCUUAGCUAAUCUGGGAAACAAGGUUGACACGGGUCGAGUUUCUGGUCUUCCUAAGAUAUGUGGGAUGUCCGUUAAUCUGCCUCCAAUUAAUAAAAACUACGAUUGUUCAAAGAUUUCUUGGAUGGAGUUGUCUCACUCGUGA